CAGCUCAUAGCAGGACGUGUUAGCUUCUCGAAGUACUGAAGCUCUUUGCUUUGUAUGGAGCGGUCAGCAUCACUAACGGGGUUCAUGAUACAUUCCACCAGAGAUGAUGAGAAACCUUAUUGUGUUGUCACUGCUGCUACUGAACAUACAUCAGGUCGCCUCAGCACCCAAAGGCGUCACUGCCAGUCUCAAAGCCAAGUGGAGAAUGACCCCCUUCCUUUUGGAAACCAGUGAAUUUAUUGGAGAGGAUGGGAAUGACAAAUUUUGGCAGUUUACUGACACUGUGAAAGAGCUGACUGUAUACAAGCAAGGAGAGUCUGUGCGUUCAUACUACAACUUGGUCUUGAAGAAAGCUGGUCAGUUCCUCACAGAUCUACAAGUUAAUCUCCUUAGAUUUGCUCUGUCACUGCGGUCCUACUCACCAGCUGUUCAUGCAUCCCAGCAGAUAGCAAGUGAUGAACCUCCACCCGAAGGCUGCUCUGCAUUUGUUUCCAUUCAUGGCCAACAUAGCUGCAGUACCAAGGAUAUUAAGAAGCUCCUGAAGGCAGCCGCAGGCAGGCCAAAGCCGUAUUUAUACAAGAACGAUCACACAUAUCCUGGGUCCAAUAAAACAGAUGUGCCAGUUGUGAUCCUCUACGCUGAGAUUGGAACCAAAAAGUUCAGCUCCUUUCAUAAGGUGCUGUCAGAGAAGGCAGAAGAGGGCACGCUUUUAUAUGUGCUGCGCCAUUAUGUAGCGGAUCCAAAGCCUCAAAAGAUGCUUUUAUCUGGCUAUGGUGUUGAGUUGGCUAUCAAAAGCACAGAAUACAAAGCUGUGGACGACACCAAAGUAAAAGAUUCAAAUACUACUUUAAAUGCUGAGGAUGACGACGGCGAUGAAGUCCAAGGAUUUAUUUUUGGAACCUUAAAAAAAUCCCACCCGGAAUUCCAAGAAGAACUUGCUGAGCUUCGUAAACAUCUUCUGGAGAGCACCAAUGACAUGGCACCCCUCAAAGUGUGGGAACUCCAAGAUCUUAGUUUCCAAGCUGCCGCCAGAAUAACGUCUGCACCAAAGUUUGAUGCUUUAAAGCUCAUGCAAGACCUUAGUCAAAACUUUCCCAGCAAAGCCAGAUCACUGACAAGAGUGGCCGUAAAACAGGAAAUGAGAAAAGAAAUUGAGGAGAACCAAAAGCAUCUGAGUGAGACGAUAGGAGUUCACCCGGGAGACGGGGAGCUCUUCAUCAACGGGCUUCAUAUUGAUCUGGACGUUCACAACCCUUUCAGUAUUUUGGACAUACUUAGAGGAGAGGCCAGAGUCUUAGAGGGUCUUCACAACCUUGGCAUCAAAGGAGAACAUCAAGGCAAGCUGCUAAAACUACCCGUGAACCCUGCGGACGACAGCUACGCCCUAGAUAUCAGACAUCCUGCGAUCAUGUGGAUUAAUGACAUUGAAAGUGAUCCAAUGUACCGCAGCUGGCCAACAGGUGUACAAGAACUCCUCAGAGCUACUUUUCCUGGAGUCAUUCGACAGAUUAGGCGUAACUUCUACAACCUGGUGUUGUUUCUAGACCCAGUACAGGAAGAAAGUGUUGAGCUAGUGAAACUGGCAGAGCUCUUCUACAAGCAUAAGAUUCCCCUGAGAAUUGGAUUUGUGUUUGUUGUCAACACCAAAGAUGAGAUGGAUGGCUUCUCAGAUGCAGGUGUUGGAUUUUACCGACUACUGAAUUACAUUGCAGACGAGUACGAUUUAUCCCAGGCUCUCCUGUCUAUGGUCUCAUUGUACAACAAAGUAGACGUAGGGGAGACGCUGACUGUGGAUACAAUCACUGAUUACCUGAAGAGGAAAUUCCCCAAAGCCGACGCUGAAAGGAUUCUGGGAGUAGAAUCUGAGUAUGAUGAUAAAAGAAAGGACGGUGCCCUCUUCUAUAAGAAAAGUGGCCUGGGUGCUCUACCACUGGCUUUAUUUAACGGCAUCCCACUGAACCCAGAAGAAAUGGAUCCAGAGGAGCUGGAGACUGUCAUCCUGCAGCGUAUAAUGGAUACCACCAAUGCCUUCCAGAGGGCUGUCUUCAUGGGCCAGUUGACUGAGGGCAUGGAUGUGGUGGACCAUCUAAUGGAGCAGCCCAAUGUUGUUCCUAGGAUGAACUCUCUUAUUCUAAGCACUGACCGAAAGUACCUCGACUUCACUGCCACUCCAGUUGUAAACGACUGGGAGGACACUACAAUGUUUUCAUACUUGGAUUCCAGAGACAAGACAGCUGUGAUUGCAAAGAGGAUGAAAUACUUUGCUAAUAGUGAUGCGGAUGGAGUGAGUGCUGUGACCAUGUGGAUCGCAGGUGAUUUUGACAAGGUUUCAGGAAGGAAACUGCUGCUCAAUGCUCUGAAACAUGUGCAGAAGGCCAGCCCUGGAGUACGUGUUGGGGUGAUUGACAACCCCACUGGCAAACCUGCUGAAGAUAACACUAUGCUGUACCGUGCUAUCUGGGCCUCUCUCCUCACCCAGAAGAGUAAAGUAGCAGCCGAAUUUGUGCUGAAACUUGUGAAAGAGGAGAGCAGCCAGCUCCUCCAACAGGGAACCAAGAUGAAGGAGCUGCUGCUGAAGGGAAUGGAUGAAGAUGCCUUUGAGAAAAAGUUCAACACAUUGGAAGUGGAUUUUAUCCGCAGUCAGCAGCUGUUCUGUCGUAAUGUCUUGAAAUUGAGUCCUGGACAGCGAGCAGUGAUCAGCAAUGGCAGGAUCCUUGGUCUGUUUGAUGAGCAGGAAGAAUUCACUGUGGAGGAUUUCCACUUGCUGGAGAAGAUUACACUGAGCAGUUCCGCUGAGAAAGUCAGAGCCAAAGUUCAACAGAUGGGGAUAAAGCCAAAACACACCAGUGACUUAAUCAUGAAAGUCGAUGCCCUACUAACUGCAGCCCCCAAAGGAGAGGUCAGGAGGGAUGUCCGGUUUUUGAAAGAUAGCCACAGUGUGCUCCAUCUCUCCCCACGUGAAAACGAGGUGUUCUAUGAUGUGGUGGCCAUUGUUGACCCUCUCACUAGGCAGGCACAGAAGAUGUCCCCUCUGCUGAUCGUGCUCAGUCAAGUGGUCAAUGUGAGACUGCAGAUGUUUAUGAAUUGCAGGGCCAAGUUGUCUGAGAUGCCCCUCAAGAGCUUCUACCGUUUUGUCUUGGAGCCCGAUGUAAAAUUCUUAGCCAACGAUACUGUGAGUCCAGGACCUGUGGCCCGGUUCAUGGAGCUCCCAGAGUCUCCACUUCUUACCCUUAAUAUGAUCACUCCCGAGAGCUGGAUGGUGCAGGCUGUGCGCAGCCCUUAUGACUUGGAUAACAUCCAUUUGCAGGAGGUGAGCGGGUUGGUGGCUGCAGAGUACGAGCUAGAGCACCUUUUGCUGGAGGGCCACUGCUUUGACCUGUCAACCGGCCAGCCUCCUCGUGGACUGCAGUUUACUCUGGGCAUGAGUCAGAACCCACUCAUGUAUGACACUAUUGUCAUGGCUAACCUGGGAUAUUUCCAGCUGAAAGCCAAUCCCGGCGCCUGGAUCCUGCGAUUACGUAAAGGGAGAUCAGAGGAUAUCUAUCAGAUUUUGAUGCAUGAUGGAACCGAUUCUCCUGCAGAUGCCGGCGAUGUCAUUAUUGUGCUUAACAGUUUCCACAGCAAAAUCAUCAAAGUUAGAGUGCAGAAAAAGGCAGAGAAGAUCAAUGAAGAUCUUUUAAGUGAAACUAGUGAAAGCAAAGGCCUUUGGGACUCCAUAGCGAGUGUUUGGAACACUUUUGAGAAAAGCAUCACAGGUGGUGGCUCCAAGAAGGAUGAUGCUGAGAAGAAGAAAGAGGAUGUGCUAAACAUAUUCUCUGUUGCUUCGGGCCAUCUGUAUGAACGCUUUCUGAGAAUAAUGAUGCUGUCCGUCCUUCGGCACACCAAAACCCCUGUCAAGUUUUGGUUCCUCAAGAAUUACCUCUCUCCGUCAUUCAAGGAGACCAUCCCUCACAUGGCAGCGGAGUUCGGCUUUCAGUAUGAAUUAGUGCAGUACAAGUGGCCCCGUUGGCUCCACCAGCAGACUGAGAAGCAGCGCAUUAUCUGGGGCUAUAAGAUCCUUUUCCUGGAUGUUCUGUUCCCUCUGGCCGUGGACAAGAUCAUCUUUGUGGAUGCCGACCAGAUCGUUCGAGCUGAUCUGAAGGAGCUGAGGGAUUUAGACCUGGAGGGAGCUCCUUAUGGCUACACCCCGUUCUGCGAUAGCCGGAGGGAGAUGGAGGGCUAUCGCUUUUGGAAAACAGGCUACUGGGCUUCUCAUCUGGGACAUAGGAAAUACCACAUCAGCGCUCUGUUCGUUGUCGAUUUAAAGAAGUUCCGUAAGAUCGCAGCUGGUGACAGACUACGCGGCCAGUACCAGGCCUUGAGUCAAGACCCGAACAGCCUGUCUAACCUGGACCAGGAUCUUCCCAACAACAUGAUCCAUCAGGUCGCCAUUAAGUCUCUUCCUCAGGAGUGGCUGUGGUGUGAGACGUGGUGCGAUGACAACUCCAAAGUGACAGCGAAAACUAUAGACCUGUGUAAUAACCCAAAGACAAAGGAGCCAAAGCUAACAGCGGCAGCACGAAUUGUACCCGAGUGGGUCGAAUAUGACAACGAGAUCAAGCAGCUACUAAGACGAGUCCAGGAACAGCAAGGCACAGCACCGCAAAGACCGACUUCAUCAUCCUCACAACACAAAAAAGAGAACCGGCGCGAUGAACUUUAGUGUCUGCCAGGAUCACGCUGAAGAGUAAGGAGGCAGCAUCUUUUGCACACAGGCCACCUGUGAAUCUCCAAGACAGACAUUUCCAUCUAAACAUAGCCACGGAGCGUUACAUCCUCAGCCUGGGAGGACGGUGUAUUUUCAGAGAUGUCGUAUCUGCUUCUGCUGUCAGAAGUCUUACUAAAUCGACAUGAUACAAAGUGUUAACCGCCAUCUGUGUCCAAAGGUGAGCUACCUGCACUACAGUACAAUUAGAUCUUAGGCUAGAAUGUGGCUUCACAUAUAUGAAGCAAACAGAAACAUCAAAUACCCAGUUUCAGAACCGAUAACUGGCAGGGAUUGCACUGAUAAAGAACUGUAUGCUCUGAAUCAAAUGGAGAAGCCACAUCCCUAAGAGUUCUAUCAUUUUAAUCCACUCUUUUUAAACAUAUGCAUUAAGUAUUAUCGAUCACACCUGAAAUGGCCGAACGAGAGCUGUAACUGAAGGAUAUUUAGCUAAAUGCUUUUUAUAAUUCACAACUUGUCACACAGUUGGCAGACAAUCUACAAAUGGGAAAACUGCUGUACCAAAAGUCCAUGCAAAGAAAUGGCAGAUUGUUAAAACUCAACAGACUGAUUUAAGUU